CAAACUUUAAAAGGAAGUGCGCAGCAGGAAUUAGUCAGAAACGGAUCCUUAGUGGUAGGACUCUUCUCUUUCUAAACCAGACUUCUACUCUCUCUCUCUCUCCCCCUCCAUUUGCAAACAUAUUUCAGUCUCUGUCUCUGUGUUACAUAAAAGCUAGGGCAUCAAGCGUAGCUUGGUGAGACGAAAAUCUGUCGAGGAACCUCCCCAAAGGGUUCGAUAUGGCUGGUGCACCUGGUAAUGUGAAUUUUGGGAGUCGCAAUAGCGUUCGUGUUGUGGUUAUUGGAGACCCUGGAACUGGUAAGAGUAGCUUGAUUGCUUCAGUGGCCACUGAAUCGUUUCCAGAAUCGGUCCCACCCAUGUUGCCUCCUACUCGACUUCCUGUUGAUUUCUACCCCGAUCGUGUGCCCCUUGUCAUCAUCGAUACAUCAUCCAGACCUGAAGAUCGGAGUAGGCUUGCAUCAGAGUGCAGAUUGGCAGAUGCAGUUGUGUUGACUUAUGCAUGUGACGAGCCCUCUACACUGGAUCGUCUUUCCACCUUCUGGCUUCCGGAACUUCGUAGCUUAGAUGUGAAUGUCCCGGUGAUUGUGGUUGGUUGCAAAUUGGACCUCCGUGAUGACCAACAGUUGAGUCUUGAGGAAGUAAUGUCACCAAUCAUGCAACAGUUUCGUGAGAUCGAGACUUGUAUAGAGUGUUCUGCUCUGAGGCAAAUCCAGGUCCCUGAAGUAUUCUAUUAUGCUCAAAAAGCAGUGCUACACCCAACUGCCCCAUUAUUUGAUCAGGAAACACAGACUCUAAAGCCACGGUGUGUGAGGGCUCUGAAAAGAAUAUUCAUUCUUUGUGACCGGGACAGGGAUGGUGCUCUAAGUGACCAAGAGUUGAAUGAUUUUCAGGUUAGAUGUUUUAAUGCUCCCCUGCAACCAUCUGAGAUAGUAGGCGUGAAGAAGGUUGUCCAAGAGAAGCUGCCGGAAGGGGUUAAUGACCGAGGUCUCACUUUGACUGGAUUUCUUUUCCUCCAUGCCCUUUUUAUAGAAAAGGGGAGGCUUGAAACAACGUGGACUGUUUUGAGGAAGUUUGGCUAUAAUAAUGAGAUUAAGCUCAGGGAUGAUCUUCUUCCUGUUGCUCACUUCAAAAAGUCCCCUGAUCAGAGUGUGGAGCUGACGAAUGACGCCUUUGAUUACUUGAACGCGAUUUUUUCAAUGUUUGACAUUGAUAGCGAUGGGGCACUUCGACCUGCUGAACUUGAUGAUCUUUUUUCAACUGCACCUGAGAACCCAUGGAGUGAAGGAGUUUACAGGGACGCUGUGGAAAAGAAUGUGCUAGGAGGAUUGCCCUUGAAUGGCUUCUUAUCAGAGUGGGCUCUUAUGACAGCUUUGGAUCCAGUCAAUAGCAUGGCAAAUUUGACAUACAUUGCAUAUCCUGGUGAUCUGACUUCUGCUUUCCAUGUAACACGACGAAGGAAGCAAGAUCGCAAGCGUCAACAGUCUCAGAGAAAUGUUUUCCAGUGCUUUGUAUUUGGUCCAAAGAAUGCUGGGAAAUCUGCUUUGCUAAAUGCUCUGAUUGGAAGGCCUUUCAGUGAUAACCAUUCAUCAACAAUGGAAGAGCGUUUUGCUGCUAACAUUGUUGAGCAGCAGCCAGGGGGAGCUAAGAAAACCCUCAUUAUGCGGGAGAUUCCUGAAGAUGGUGUUCAAAAGAUGCUGUCCAAUAAGGAAUCGUUGGCAUCAUGUGAUGUUGCAGUAUUUGUUUAUGACAGUUCUGAUGAAAGCUCAUGGAAAAGAGCAACUGAACUACUUGUUGAAGUAGCCACUCAUGGGGAAGUCACAGGCUACGAUAUCCCUUGCCUCAUUGUGGCCGCGAAGGAUGACCUGGACCCAUAUCCAUUGGCCAUAUCAGAUUCAACCAGGGUUAGCCAAGAUAUGGGGAUAGAAGCGCCCAUAACAGUCAGUAUGAGAUUAGGAGAUGUGAACAACCUAUUUAGAAGGAUUAUUAAUGCCGCACAACACCCACACUUAAGCAUUCCUGAAACUGAGGCCGGGAGAAACCGCAAGCAAUAUCGCCGGCUCGUCAAUCGCUUCAUGUUUGUUUCUGUUGGAGCUGGAGUUGUACUUGUGGGGUUGGCAGCUUAUAAGGUGUAUGCGGCGAGGAAGCGUUCUUCUGGCUAGGGUUUUCUCCACCAACCUGAUAUUUACUUUCAUUUGAGAAUAUUGCUUUUGAAAAUGGGUUUUCACUUGCCCUUGUAUACCAUGAUUUCUCUGUAAGAAUUUUACUUACUACCAUGUUCAGAGCAGCUUAGGAGUUCCGUGAAGCCUGUCGAGAAGUAGGGGAGGCUUCUGUCUUUUUCUUUUAAUGUUUAUAUUGUUGCUCUUUUGUCUUUUUACUGUGCGCUUCAUCUAUUGAUUUGGUUUAUUUUGCAUGAA